AAUUAGACUAAAGUUAAAAAGCACACCAUCAACAAUAGGCAUAACAUGAUUUUCUUUUAUUGCGACAUACAAGUGAAUUGCAAGAUGGCAAAGUGUAUUAACCGGCUAAGAGGGUAUUAACUGUUGUCUGGCUUUUAACCAAUCAAAUGUCUGUAUAUGUAUGUAUUGUAUGCACUUCUGAAUAUAUAAUACAUUGAUUUUAUUUGAAAUCUUAUAAUUGACUUUAUAAUAGGAAAACAUUUUAACCAGACAUGCAUUGAACUACCUUACCUAUAUGGGUGAGCUAAGAUGUGAUACUACAAUUAUCCAAGGCUUGUGGAGGUCGAUUACUGAGGCAGAGUUGGGGGGGGGGGGGGCGAAGAUUUAUUAGCUAAGUCACCUAGAUUGAAAGUUUGUGAAGCUCAACAUUUGGAGUAAUAGCGUACUGUAUUAUAGUAUAUUGCUGUGAAAAGUAAAACAUUCAAGAAGGAUGAAGGAUCCAGAGUUCUUGUCGAUGCUGGUUCAACUUUCCGAGGCAAUCAGCAAGAAAGGUGAAAAAUAUUUAGACCUGUUCAGAGUUCUGUACAGAGAUCUUGUAAAUGUUAAAUCAGAUUUGGAGAAUGCUAAGUGUGCAUUUGAUUUAUUUCAAGCGCUAAUAGCAUCUGGAAUUUUGAAGCCAACAGACAUUUCAGUUUUGUUUGAAACAAUUGAACUGACUGGAUUGAAAUAUUUGAUAGAGAUAAUCAAGACAUAUGAGACAUAUCCUGAUGAAGUGAAGAUCACUCGAUUUACACCACAUCGUCAACAGGUUGUUGCUCUGGGAAAAGACUUUUCUGUUAAAGACCUUCAGAAGGUUGGUCAGUUGUAUGAAGGCAAUUUUUCUAACCCAUGGAAACUGAUUCAACAUCUUGAAGAUGCAUCUGUUCUAACUGAAAAUAGCAUAUCAUCAUUUAUUCAACGUUUGAAUAAGAAUAAAGUAAAUGAAGAUUUUAAUCAACUACUUGUGACAAUAUCUGAUGCAAUCAUCAUGAAAGGUGAAAAGUAUGUAGACAUGUUGAGGGUUCUGUACAAAGAUCUUGCAGAGAUAAAAACAGAAUUGGAGGAAGCUAAAUCCGCAUUUGAUUUAUUCCAAAUACUAAGAGUCGCUGAUGUUUUGAAAGCAACAGACAUUUCAAUUUUAUUUGAAACAAUUGAAGUAACUGGAUUAAGGUAUUUGAAGGAGAUAAUUAAGACGUAUGACACAUAUCCAGAUAAGGUGAAAAUCAUGCAAUUUUCAGCACAUCGUCAACAGGUUAUUGCUCUGGGAAAAGACUUCUCUACCAUAGAUAUUCAAAGGAUUGGUCGGAAGUAUGAAGUUCCAGAUGACUUCUGUUCUAAUCCUUGGAAACUAAUCACAUUUCUUGAAAGUAAUGGUAUUGUUUCCGAAGGUAACUUGUCAUCGUUUCUCAUGAAUUUGCAAAGAGUUGGUAAUGAAAUAGCAUCAACAUCAAAAAGACCAAAUUUAGACAAAGGUAUUGGAGAAGCAUCAAUACCAAAACGACCCAAGUUAGACAAAGACAAGUCAAGAGAAUUAGAACAAUCAAAAAGGUCACUGUCAGAUGAAAAUUUAAUUAUCAAAGGUUCCCUGAUGAAGAGGCAGAAAGAACUGUAUAAGAAUGAGAAUCGUAUGACACCAGCAAUCUGGCAUAAAGGUCAUAAAGUAGAUAUUGCAAAAGUUUUCACUGAACUCAAGUUGCUGCAGUCUAAGAAAAAAGAAGAUAAAGACAAGUCAACAUGCACAGCAAAGGAAGGUAGACCCACAUCAUUAACAGAGGCAUUAGGUGUUAUUAAAUCAUCAGAUUCUUGUAAGGUAUUAAUAACAGGGAAGGGAGGAAUGGGCAAGACUACACUCCUUAAAUAUAUUGCGCAUCAGUGGGCUACUGAUGAUGGACAUGUCUUUGCUGAUAAAUUACUGUUUCUGAUAAAUAUCAGGGAAAUUAAAGCAAGUAAAACGUUCUUGGACAUAAUAAUGAACAAAAUUGAUUGCAAAGCAGUAAUUCAUAAGAACAAUUUUUCAUGUGAUUCAGUGGAACGUUUCUUGGUCACACAUGAUGAUGAAAUAGUAAUUUUGUUAGAUGGAUAUGAUGAGUUAGAAAGAAAUGCUAAAGACCCAAUUGAUCUAUUUAAAAGAAGCGAAUUGGGAGAAAGCUCAGUGGUUAUAACAUCUCGACCUGACAACACAGCUGAUUUGGUUGAAUGCUGUGAUGUACAUAUUGAGGUAAAAGGAUUCAGUUCAAGUAACAUAAAGAAGUAUAUUCAAAAUCAUUUUCAUUCAAUUUGUGAAGUAAGAAUUGGUAAUUCUUUAAUAAAAGAGUUUGGACUUGAUCUAAAGUAUACAAGUGAUUGUGGUGGCGGUAAUCACAAAGAAGCAUUUGAGUUGUGCUCAUCUCCACUGUUAUUGCUUCAAAUUUGUACCAUAUGGAAACUAAAACGUGUUCUUCCCACAUAUUUGCCCGAUCUUUUCAAGGAACUCAUUUGUUGUAUUUUAAAUCAAUACCUAAACAGGGCUGGCAAUAAAUCGGUUAUUGCCAAUUUUGAGAGAAUUCCUGAUCAGUAUAUAUCUGCAUUUUUAAUUUUAGGAGAAUGUAUGUAUGAAGGACUUAAGAAAAAUAUACUAUCUAUUGACAAAUAUGAUUUGUCAAAGAUGGCAAAGAAUAAAGAAUUAUUAAAUUUAGCACUGGAAUUUGGGGUUGUUUAUGAAGAUACCCCUGUUGAUCCAGGGGAUGUAAGGGAGAUGUACACACCCCCACAUAAAUUAAUGUCUGAGGCACUAGCAGGGCUGUACCUGUCUACAGAAAUUCAAAAAGGGAGUUCAAAGGUUGAGUAUGACAAAAUAAGAUGUAAUGAUUAUUUAAAUAUGACAAGGGUGUUUGCAGUAGGAUUUUUAGGUGCUGAUGCUGAUAAGAUGCUGAAACCAUGGUUGAUAAUCAGGCCCUCAAAUUAUCGCUCAAUUGUACAAUGUUUAGAACAUGUGAAGAAAAAACAUGAAGAUGAUGUUCUAAAGAAAUUGGAUGAGCACAUGUCCAACGAUAUGAAAGCCUAUAAUAAACAAAUGUGGGAGUCAUUUAGAAGUCUUCUAAAUGAUGACAGAGACACAUUAAGUAUGCAUUUAUUCAAACUCAUGGAAAGAUGUUGUAAGAAAUAUGAUGUUUACAGUCUUCAAGAUGCAGCAAUAUCUUUGAUAAGUAGGUGCACAGAAAUGCAGUGCAGAAUUGUUGCACAUACCUUAGUGUUAUUAGAUGUAAUAGACUGGCACAGUAAACCAAAGAAGUUACUUCGAUGUAUUACAACUUGGCAAGAUGAAGAAAUCGAUUUACUUUCAGCUGAGAUGAAAAAAAAUCAUUAUAAAUAUCCUCAUUAUUUCUUAGAGAUUAAUUGUAAAUUUAGUUCAGCAUUCUUGAUUCAUUUCCUUAAAUAUGCAAGUGACUUAAAUGACUUAUUAAUACCCAUUACACCCAGUUUAGUUACUAUACUUAACACAGUUAUUAAUGAUUUGUACACUGCCAAUAUAAAGUUAAAUUUACGAACACUUGAUCUUCAUGGCAAUGAUCUAAAUGAUAUUGAUGGAAGGUUACUGGGAAAAUUAUUUAAAAUAGCUCCUAAAUUAAAAUAUCUAGGUGUAAGCAAAUGUAGGCUAUCAGGUGGUAUUUUAAGGGCAAUGAUCACAGAAUGCCAAAACAGUGAAGGUACAGUAAACAUCCCUGACCUUGGCUAUAAUGAAAAAAUGAACAAUUUGAAAAAAUUCCCCAAACUAAGUUAUUUAGAUAUAAAUAAUUGUAGUUCAUCAGGCAGUAUUAAUGAAAUAACAGAGGAUUGUGGUAGGAUGAAUGUAGUUUUGAAAGACUCCAAGCUUAAUCUGCAGGGCAACAACCUUUCAGACAUUGAUGGUAAAUCACUUGCAGAGUUAGUCAGGGUAAUUCAUUAUGAUGAUGAGAAUAUAAUUUUCAGUUGGAGGAAUUAUUCUCUUACAGCUGAUAACCUAGUAAAGCUAGUUGAAUCUGUAGGUGAAAAUAUAACAUUCAACUGGAAAAUGAUAGAUUUGACUAAGGUAAACCUAUCUCCAGUCAGUGGAAUAACAUUAGCUCGUCUGUUUAAGAAUUCCCCAGACCUGAAACAUAUUGACAUGACUUACUGCAGUUUAUCAGGCAGUAUUGUUAAUGAAAUGAUGGAAGAAUGCCGUAGGAUGAAUGUAGUUUUGGAAGACAUCAGACUCAGUCUGCAGGGCAAUGACCUUUCAGAUAUUGAUGGUAAAUCUCUUGCAGAUUUAGUCAAGGUAACUAUUAAGCCAUAUCAAACUUUCAUUUGGAGUGAUUAUUUUCUUACAGUUGAUAACCUAGAAAAGCUGGUUAAAUCAAUAGGUGAAAAUAUAACAUUGAAUUGGGAAAGAAUAGAUUUUGAUAGGAUCAACCUGUCUUCAAUCAGUGGAAGAACAUUAGCUUGCCUUGUUAAAAUCUCCCCAUACCUGAUCCAUAUUGACAUGAGUUACUGCAGUUUAUCAGGCAGGAUUGUUAAUGAAAUGAUGGAAGAAUGCUGUAGGAUGAAUGUAGUAUUGAAAAACAACAUGCUUAGUUUGGAGGGCAAUGACCUUUCAGAUAUUGAUGGUAAAUUACUUGCAGAGUUAGUCAAUGUAAUUGAUCAGCCUUAUGGAACUUUCUGUUAGAGUUAUUAUUUUCUUGCAGCUAAUAACCUAAAAAAGCUGCUUGAAUCAAUGGUAAAACAAUAGCCUGCCUUUUGAAGAUCUCUCCAGACCUGAUCCAUAUUGACAUGAGUUGCUGCAAUUUAUCAGUCAGAAUUGUUAAUGAAUGUUCGUGGAAUCAAAGUAGGCCUACAGUAUUAUGAAGAGUGUUGAAUGUCAACAUGCUCAGUCUGAAAGGCAAACCUUUCAGAUAUUGAUGGUAAAUUAUUUGUAGAAAUAAUCAUAGUAUUGCAUAAUUGUAUUAUCCCUUUCAGAUGGAGUGAUUAUUUUCUUACAAUUGAUAACCUAGAAAAGUUGGUCGAAUCAGUAGCUGAAGAAAAUAUGAAACUGAAUUGGCAAGUGAUAGAUUUGAUUACUAUUAACCUAUCUUCAAUCAGUGGAAGAACAUUAGCUUACCUUGUUAAGAUCUCUUCAGACCUGAUCUAUAUUGACUAGACUGGGUUCCAGUCCCUAAUCUUUGUCUUUAAAUCUAUUUUGACACCAAUGGCCUUCCAUAUUACCUAUUUGCUUGGCGUUUCAUAGUACUGUAUACUUUUUCUUGGAUUAGAUUCUAAAUUCGCAUAAAAGUUUCUCGAUAUAUACCGUCGCUGGUGGCGCUCUCCAAAAUUAGCUAAUACUAGGAAAACCUAUAAUUAGAGACUUGUGGCAAGUCUACAUAUUGACACGAGUUCUUGCAGUUUAUCAGACAGUACAGUAUUGUUAAUGAAAUGCUAGUUGUAAGAUGAAUGUAGUUUUGAAAGACAACAUGCUUACUCUGUGGGUUAAUGACAUUUCAGAUAUUGAUGGUAGAUCACUUGUAGCAAUUUUUUUAGGACUAUAACAUAUGAAUUGUGUAUAAACCAAACAUACACAACAUGCUGUUAUUAUAUAUUGUUAACAGCAAAAUAUUAUACAACCAAUGCAUUUAGUUCAGUGUGUGUGAUUAAUAUUUGUAUGUGUGAUUAAUAUUUGUUUGUAUGCUUUAAAAUCGAGGCAAUUGACAAAGUAUUGGUGCUGGACCCCUAUUACCCCUGUAUGUACACUAUGUUAAUAUAUGUCGCAAAGAUAAUCAACAGUCAUACACAAUUUAGUUUUUUAAUGUUGAUUUGAACAACUGUAUAAGAUUGUUUUGCUUGAUUAUUAAAAUAAAAUUUUAUGAAAAUAUUUA